UACUCGAGUAUGGCCCGUGCUGCGGAGGGCGGGGGAGUAACCCGCUCCACUGUCUGCCUCAAACUCCAGCGGGACGUUCACAGCCUCGGUGCAGUCUGCGCAGUUUGUGCCAGAGGACACAUCUCACUGCUUUCACUUCCAUUAGUCCAAACAAUGUGAGGAACAUGGCUGACAGAAGGUCUGACUGGGUGGAGAUCGUGGAGCCGCGCUCGAGGGAGCGCAUGUAUGUCAACCUGCUGACCGGCGAGUGCGGAUGGGAACCGCCGCCCGGUGUCCCGGUCCGACAGUCGGACGGCAACCAGUGGUGGGAGCUUUUUGACAGCAAUAACAAUCGGUUCUACUACUACAACUGCACAAGCCAGCAGACGGUCUGGCAUAGGCCUCAAGACUGUGACGUAGUGCCUCUAGCGCAACUCCAAGCCAUGAAGAGGAGCUCUGAGGCCGAGCUGAGGGGUCAGGGGAGGGUGCAGAGAGGACCGGCGGAUGGCAAGCAGACACCCCAACCUGGACUGGGGUCUUCUCCACUGGAGCAGGAGAGUGGGAUGGAGAGGCCAUCGUCCAAGGGUAAAGAGGACAGUCUGGAGAAAAGGAACCAGGGAAAUAGGGACGCCGCUCAAAGAUGGCAGCCUGCUCCUGGAUCCAAGGCUGCUAUGUUGGUGAAAGUUAACAGCAUUGGAAGAAACCAGUCUCUGGGUCAAGCUACUGCCCACCAAUUGCUCCACCUCAACCCCACCAACAUUAGCACUUCACCCAAACCAGGUUACACAGCGGAACUUGACAGAACCGGUCUGCUCAGCAAAAUGGCCGUUCCUGGAAACUCCAAGCAGGGUUACCACCUCAAAAAGGGGGAAGCCAAUAUCUGUCUGGUUUUGCCCCCUUCUAACUCCUCCUCUUACUCUGCCCACCAGCGCUCUGGUGCAGGUACAUCUCGCCCCUCCUCUCCUCAGUAUGGAGCUACACCCUCGGCACCCAUCUACGAUGUACCUCCACCCAUGGAUCCCCCCAUUUACGAUGAACCCCCAUUGGAAAUGGAAGUAGAAGGUGCGCACCAAUUACACCGGGUUUCUUACUCCACCAGUCACAGCCUGCCGAGAGGAACCCAGCCUCCUAAACUCCUCCAGUUCCCCCAUUCCAAACACAUCUGUAGCUCCUCAUCUAGUGAGUACAGUCCAGCCGGCCGGGAAUGCAUCAAACACAUGGUGAAUGUGGAUGCAGCUGCAUCCAAGCAUCAGCCCCAGACGUCUAACACUAUCGAGGGGCCUUCAAAUACAGCCAGUCCUCAAAUCCAGCCCCAGUCUCCAGUCUCUGCCCAGAUUAAGAAGGAAGUCUCUCUGGAGAAGAAGCAAUCAUGGAGGCUGUUGGAGCCCCGCCACAGCCGUCAAAGCAGUCUGGCCUCUCAGGAUUAUCCAGGCCCUGCUGCUGUCACGUACCAGGACUCUGGCUACUCCACAGGGCCAUCCCCAAGUCUGAGAAGGAAGAACCGACGUCAUGCAGCUCUUGGCACUGGGUCGGGACGACCCGGGUCGGUGGGCAGCAGUGGGGAGUUGAAUGCAUUAAACGAGAAGCUGAUGGCGGAAAUGAGGGCAGUGGUAAGCCGUUCUAAUGCACUUCAUGGAAGCAAGGCCAGUCUGGACACUGAGAUGGGCUCAGAGGCCUCUGGAAGUACUGCCCGCUCCCUGGUCAGUUCACUGAAGAUGGGGGCAAGAGGGGGUGAAUCGAGGGAGGAUGUGACAUCAAGUAACCGAUCACUGUAUAGGGGCGGAGUUAACAACCACGGUGAUGUCGUGUUGUCGGCACUGGCGACAGAUGGGCUUGGAGGCCGGCAAAAAAGGACGUUUGAGAAAGUGGAUUCGCUGGAGAAGAGCGUAACAUCACAGACCAGCUUGUCCUCCCCAGAACCACCAAGGUCACGCUCACAGACAGGAACACUGGAAUCCAAAACUCAGCAGGACAUCUCGCCCCAGGACUGUGACCAUGAUAGAGCGGGUCGCGGAACUGCCCACCUCAGCCAUAAAAACAACAACAACGGUCCCCCUCUUUCCGUUGGCAGUGUGGGUUCUGGUUACCAGUACCCAUACACCACCCUCUGCAAACCUACACCUGAUGCCAGCAUGGAGGACUGGGCCAGCAAGAACCUUAACCAGCACACGCAGGGCCUGUUUCGCCGGCGCGUCUCCAUUGCUAAUAUGCUAUCAUGGAACCGCGGCUCCAUUAAGAAACCAAUGCUGAUCACCAACGACCGGUCUGUCAAGAAAGAAGCCUGCGAGAUGUUCAAGCUGGUUCAGGCCUACAUGGGUGACAGGCCGGCAAGGUUGGAUAAACGCCACGCAGCCCUUCAGGUGGUCACGAAGUGCUGGGGGAUGCAAGGCUUGAGGGACGAACUGUACGUGCAGCUGGUACGACAGACCACCGGAAACUUGAGUUUGAGGAGUUUGGAGGCGGGCUGGGAGAUGAUGGCCAUCAGCCUAGCGUUCUUCUCACCUUCGCCCAAGUUUAGGUGCUAUUUGGAAGGCUACAUCCAGAGACACCUUGAGCCCAGUAAUGAUAAGAAGAUACUGCAGCACAUCAUGGAGCAGCAGGACAUAAAAAACAAGAAGAAUUCAAAAUCCAGGAAGAAGAGGAGACAGAACAACGAGGAAGAAGAGGAUGAGGGUCUUCCCAUCAGCACUUAUGCAAAGUACUGCUACCGUAAGCUGCAAAAAGUGGCCAUCACUGGGGGCAAGAAGGGUCUGAAGAAGCCCACUCUGGAGGAGAUUGAUCACAGUCGGAACGCCAUCGUGACCCCGUCUCUGUUCGGCAGCGCUCUGGAGGAGAUCAUGGAGAGGCAGAGUGAGCUCUUCCCCGAGAGGAAACUGCCCUGGGCGCAGGUGCAGCUCUCUCAGUAUGUACUGGCCCUGGGUGGAGCCCAGACGGAGGGCAUCUUCAGAGUACCGGGGGAUAUUGAUGAGGUGAAUGCACUCAAGCUACAGGUGGACCAGUGGAAACUUCCAGACAACCUCUCUGAUCCCAGUGUCCCUGCGUCUCUGCUGAAGCUGUGGUACAGAGAGCUGGAGGAGCCGGUGAUUCCUCAGAGCUUCUAUAAGCAGUGCAUCAGUCACUAUGAAGAUCCAGAUGCAGCCAUCAGUGUGGUUCAGUCGCUCCCGGAGCUCAACAGACUCGUGCUCUGCUACUUCAUCAACUUCUUACAGGUCUUUGCUCAGCCGGUGAAUGUGAGUAGGACUAAGAUGGAUGUGAAUAAUUUGGCAAUGGUCAUGGCUCCAAACUGCCUGCGCUGUCAGUCUGACGAUCCUCGAAUCAUCUUUGAGAACACGCGCAAAGAGAUGUCCUUCCUCCGCAUACUCAUCGUCCACUUAGACACCAGCUUCAUCAAGGGUUUAAUCUGAGAGUGGCGGUUUAUUCGUUAUUUAGCACUCAUUUGAGUGAAUCAUUCAGGAGAUGAUGGGAAUCAGGAUGUUCUUCCUCUCAGAGAAUCAUCUUUAAGCAUCAUAAUAUUAGUUCGGACAAUGUCUCAGCUAAUCCAGCUUUGGCUCAAUGUGAAUCAUCCUGAACUUGACUCUCAUGACUCUUCUUGAAGCCAGACAUUAUUUGAACUGAAUCAGUUGACUCCAUCUGAUUCCACAACAAAACAAAUGCAUGAGGUUUGUCUUUUUGGGUUGGUUAUUUCUUCUGUCUUUAAUAUUGAUUAGCAGGGAAAUACAUCCUUUGGACAAUCAUAAUCGUAAUGCAAUAACACAUGCAAUAUGACUUGCAGCGUAUUUCCUUAAUUUAAUAUGGUAUGAGUGUUCUGAUUAUUUAAUAGCAACUGUUUGUAAGCUCAAGUAUGAGUGCGGGGAGAAUUACUGGCUUCAGUUUUGUAUGCAAGGCUGAGUGUAAGUAAGAAAAGCUGAAUUAAUAUUGCAGAGCUGUGACACAAAGACAGCUCUGAAAUACUCUGCAUGCUCAUGCAGAGCUUGAGGUCUGGUGCCUUACAUGAGAAUGAUCGCUGAUGUAUAAGAUGCAUAAGUGCCCAUGUACAUAAACACACCCUCCAUGUUUCUGACUCCAAAUGAACUGGUACCACAAGCAGUUUUCAAUCUGUCCCUCACAGUACCUUUCCCAGUCGUCCCAUUUGAAAAUAGAAAAUUACACUUCCAGAUGUGGUUUGACUACAUCAAUUGAUUAUGCAGAACUAAACUGUAGAAAACUGAACCAGGAACGAGACUGGAAACAGGAACUGUUACUCUCCCAAGAUUUCAGUUAAUCCAACAGCUCCAACAUCAGCAGAUGGCCAAGAAUGUUACAUUUCAUAUUUGCCCAGGAUGAAUAAACACUUAGGCCAAGUUUGCAAAUGCAAAAACACACCAAGACAUUCAUGCGGUCUUGUUGUACAAGUGUUUCUGUGCCACUAACAUAACAAAAAGCAAUUACAAAAGAGUAAUGACUGUUUUUUUUAAACAGUUAUUUUUCCUUAAACACCUCUCCCAUAUGUCUUUGGUCAAAUAGACAUAGCUCCGCCCCAAACUCACGCCAUUGGUUGAGCUGUUGCCAUGUCAGGCUAGUAGUCUAAAUGUUUAAACAACAUGUUUACAUUUUUCAGGGGAAUCAAUCUACAAAUGACUUGCAUAUAGUUGUGGCUGCAUUAUUUUGGGAUAUAGGUAAGUACAUAAACCUUGACGAGGAUUUUUGCAUUACUGUGGCCAUACUGAAGUUACUCAAAGUGGAGAUAUAUAUACCCUUUAUAUAACCCCCUCAUUUACUAUUUCCUAAAUUAGUCCACUGAUAUAGUCCACUUGAAGAAGUGAAUGGGUAUUUACUAGUGGUUAACCUUUAAGUGUACAUCGGUCGUACACUUGUUGUUACAGUGCAUUAUGGGAUUGAGAAUGAGAGCACUCUUAUUGUCCACUAUGGUUUUGGACACCACUGCAUGGUGGCAAAUGGCAAUCCUCUCAGAUCCUCUUGGACACAGGUUACUGCUCAGAUUCUCUUCAAACCUACCGCAAAUGACAGCUGUUUACCUGACUGAGUAAACUGACCACAGAAGAAAACAUUUAUGCUAAUGUUGGCUAUAGUGCCCCUUGUGGCAAAGCUGAGAACGCAGUCAGUGUGCAAUUGAAUGAAAGCAUUUAGAAGACUGUUACAGGCCUUCACAUCAACACUGGUAGCAUCUGAACAUGUGGAAAUCCCAGUCCAUUCUUGAUCCCUUACUCAAAACUGAACUUCCUUGAUUCAUCUCUGAUUUUCAAUCAAUCAUAUUUCCUGUUGAUAUAAUGUGGGUGGGAUCCCCCAACAGCUCUGCCUGGGCUUUUGUAUAUAGAUCGUUGUGUUUAUAAAGCUCAGUGGUGAAAGUAAGUGAGCCCCUUCCUUGUUGCACUUCCCCCCCAGUUCCUGUCCCUUCCUGUGGGACUGUAUCAUCUCUGCAGAGACUGAUACUUCUCCUGCACUCUUACUGUAAAUUACUUUGUCUUAUUUUGUUCUCUGUGUGAGGAGACAGCAGUGAAUUAUGGAUGUGUGUUUAAAUUUGCAUAGUUUCAUAAAGAACUAAAGAAAUAAAAUUUCUAAAUUUGUAUAAUUGUA